CUCCGAAUCUCGUGUUGUUGCGUAUUUUAGUAAGAGAACCACCCCGGAAGAAUCUCGGUACCAUUCUUAUGAGCUGGAGACGUUAGCCCUUGUUAACGCGAUUAAACAUUUUCGUGUUUAUCUAUUAGGCAUUAAAUUUAAGGUCAUUACAGACUGUAACGCUAUAAAAGCUACAGCUCAUAAGAAGGACCUUCUUCCACGCGUUGCAAGAUGGUGGAUUUAUUUGCAGGAUUUUGAUUUUAGCGUUGAGUAUCGUAAGGGUAAAUAUGUUCAGCAUGCCGAUUAUUUUAGCAGGAAUCCACCAUCUGAAGGUCAUUGUGUAAAUAUUAUACAUCAAAGUUCGUGGCUUGAAGUCGAACAGACUAAAGACAACGAAGCUCAGGAUUUAAUUAUUAAGUUGAAUACAGGGGAACCGGGAGUAGUUUCGGAUUAUGAUAUUAAAGAUUCGUUGCUCUGCAGAAAAAUUGAUAAAAAUGAGUUACGAUAUUUUGUCCCAAAGGGCUCUCGCUUUGGGUUAGUCCGCAUGUAUCAUGAUGAACUUUGUCAUAUUGGGGUGGAUAAAACAAUAAGCAAAAUUAGAGAGCAAUUUUGGUUUCCUCGAAUGAACGCUUUCGUACGAAAAUACAUUUCACAUUGCUUAAACUGUGUCUCUAAUAAAAAGUUACCUGGCCCUAAGCAAGGUUUUCUUCACUCAAUCGAUAAGAAACCAAUUCCUUUCCAUAUAAUUCACGCAGAUUGUGUUGGACCCUUUAAGACUACGUCUGACGGUUACAAACACAUUUUGUUACUUAUGGAUGGCUUCACCAAAUACAUUUUCUUAAUUCCUUUAAAGUCAUUAACUGGUGUCGAAAUGCGUGAUAAAUUAGAAUUGUAUUUAACUUUAUUUGGAACGCCUUCGUUAAUAAUAACUGACAGGGGCACAAAUUUUACGGAUAAAAAUGUAACACAGUUGAUAAAAUCUUUUAAAAUAGAGCACCACUUGGUAGCAACAGGAGCGUCAAGAGCAAACGGACAGGUAGAGCGAUAUGUGGCUACUGUUACUACUAUGCUCAGAGCGGAAAUAAACAACGGGUCAGAAUGGACGAGAGCAGUUCCAAAAAUACAGCUUACUUUAAACAGUUCUAUACAAAAAUCUACAGGGUUUUCACCAUUAAGAUUACUAAUAGGUGUCAACGCAAAUAACGCUCCUAUACAGGGAUUAAUUGACUCUAUAGGUGGAGGGGUUCAUUGUAAUCUUGAUAUUGCUAGUGAUAGAGCUCUUGCAUACAGCAGGCUACAGCAAAAUGCGGCUGCUCAGAAGAAAAGGUUUGACGAACAUCGCCGUAAUAACCAUACAUUUCUAAUGAACGAUUUUGUAUUCGUUCCAAAAUCAAACGCGAGGGCAGCAAAAUUAGAGCCUGAAUUUCGAGGCCCCUACAAGAUUGUUGAAAUCUUACCUGGUGAUCGAUUUAAAGUCGAGAAUAAGCGUUUUAAACGCGGUCCCCUGAUAAUCGCCAAAGAUCAUCUCAAACUUUGGCCUGGAGAGUGGACUGAUGAAUUUGUUUCUGAGAACGAAAAUGAAAAUGAGACCCAACAGUAGCUGUGUGCGAGUUGCGAUGUUCUAAGCGGUGUUGUUACUGCGUUGUCUACGCCUAAACAUCACGCCUUUUCGAUUUAGUAGCUAUUUAGAAGUAGUUUGUUAUUGCUAAAAAAAAAAAAGUAUUUUAUAUUGUGGCAUUAUAUCAUAAUAAGUAAGACAUUCAUUGUAUAUUUUAACCUCGUAAUAUUUUGAUUAUACUUUUUACAGUGGCAAUUCAUGCUGUUUUUAUUUUAUAUGACUCAAAAAGAAUUGUUGGUAAGCAUUGGAGGUAUUUCGAGAGCGAAAUACAGGUCAGUCUGGCCGUGUUAGCAUUUUCUUAAAAAUUAGCUACGUAAAGAAUAUCCACGGAAGGCACGGGCUCUCAAGAGUGGGGGGUACGGCGGAGGAUUGCGUGCGAGUACCGCUCCGGGGCAGAUUCGAUGAUAUCCGCCUUGAGA